AUGGCAAGUCAGGAGCAGAUUGCAACGAUUAAUGCUCUCGUCGCCGAAGGCAUUCCUCUGUCCGAAAUACCUGCUGGUCGGCCACCUCCUGGACAGGUGUCUCAUAUCCACCACGCAGUCGGCAGGACACACAUGAUCACAACCUGCGACAUUAUCUGUAUCAUUCUUGUCUUCGGCGUGGUCGCCGCGCGAUUCUACACACGCACACGCCUGGUAAAGAAUCUUUGGUGGGAUGAUUGGUGCACACUAUUCUCCUUUGCGUGCUGGAUUGGCGAAACGGCCUUGUACCAGGUGGCGGCCACAUGGGGAGCAGGCAAACACAUCUGGGACCUCCCCGUGUCGAACCUCUUUCCCUUUUUCCUGCGUGGAUAUGUGGUGACUGCGGUGAUGUACAGCGUGACCAUGCUGUUCGCGAAGCUGUCCAUCUUGCUGCUUUAUCGCCGCCUAUUUCCCAUCGCCAACUUUGCCAAGAGUUGGUGGUUCGUGACCGCAUUCACAGUCGCAUACUCACUUGGGGGUAUCUUCUCCUCACUGUUCCAAUGCAGACCCAUACAGUCUACGUGGUCUUUGCAUAUUGUACCUGAGUACUGCAUCGACACCGAGAGCUUCUACAUAACCAACGCGGCCCUGAAUGUCGUGUCUGACCUUAUGAUACUUGUGUUGCCGGCCCCCAUCGUCUGGGGUCUGAACACGGAUGUCCGUAAGAAGGUCAUCCUUACGGGUCUCUUCUCAAUGGGCUCUGUAUCCUGUCUCGUCAGUAUCCUUCGUAUGCGCUCAAUCAUCGUUCUGUACAAAGACGGCUUCAAUGAUUUGACCUGGGGCGUCGUCGAAGUUGUCAUCUGGUCGCAAGCCGAGCUGACAGCAGCGAUGUUCUGCACUUGCACACCCUGCCUCCGACCACUAUUCGAGAAGAUUACGCCACUCUUCGCCUCCGUCGUGACUUCCAGGAAGGGCACCACCAACGGCACCUUCGGCAGCAAUGGCAAAUAUGUUCGUACAAACGAUUAUGGCCACAGCCACCGCAGCACAGCAAGCAAAGCACACUCGGUUGCAGACAUCGAGAUGGAGUCUGGUAUCCAGAAGAAGGUGACUGUGGAUGUCAGUGCUAUGGGUUUCGAUGACAGCGACAGCCAGAAGAGCAUAAUGCGACACUAA